AUGGUGGCGAUGGUGAUGGUGUUGGUGGUACAAGGAGAGUGGAAGAAUAAAGCCAUCUGUAAUUUGAAGAACCGUGGUGUCGUGUGUUUCCUGGAGGGAGUGAUAGAGGGAGCAAACAGUUCUGGAGUCAUCGUUGUGAAGUCAGCGCUGUAUGGUCGUGACGACCGUGAGACCUGCAGUGAGGGCAGGUCUUCAAAACAGCUCUCCAAUACUCGAUGCUCCCAAGACGGAAUUGUCGACAUCGUCAAGGACAGGUGCGAUGGCCUUAAAUCGUGUGAGUUCAACAUGACUUUGGUGAAUGAGAAUGAUCCCUGUCAAGGCAUCUCCAAGUAUCUUAAAACCAUCUACCAAUGCCUGUCAGCGACUCAUCUCAUUGUGUGUCAGAACUCUCUCGCAUGGUUGACGUGUGGGAAAGGCCAGGUUAUCUCCGUCUACGGUGCAGAUUAUGGACGUCGUGACCGGACCACCUGCUCUUAUCAGAAACCGGGGUCCGAGACUAUGAACGUCAACUGCUCCAACCCCGCUAAAGAAGUUGCUGCAAGGUGUAACGGGAAACAAGACUGCAAAAUCCCAGCUAGCAACUCAGUGUUUAAAGAUCCUUGUUCAGACACAUACAAGUACCUUGAGGUGUCUUACACUUACCACCUUCAGGUUCACGUCUUGAUCGACUGUCCGGACCUGCUGGACGAUGAGUUGGCUGGAGGUCUCAGAGCUGGCGGGAGGCUCCGGAUGGAGGCACUGGCACAGAAACUGGCAGACCUGGCGGCCCUGAUCCGGAGCCAGGCGGAGCGGCAGACUGCAGCGCUGGAGAUGCUGGCAGCGCAGCAGCCGGCAGGGUGGGGUCGCCCGCCUACUCUGCUCGCAGAGGACCACCCCUUCACCUUCAGCUACCCGGACGUGCGGCGAGGGGUGCUGGACUGUCCAGGGCGGUCCUCGGAGGACGACGACUCCUUUUCCUUCACGUGCCCGUACGUGAGGCGAGCGGCGCGGGACCUAGACCGACUUUCCACAGAGAAAGCCAUAACCUGCGAUGGCUCCGGCAACGUCCAUCGUUUGCAAUGCAGUUCUGGAGUCAUCGUUGUGAAGUCAGCGCUGUAUGGUCGUGACGACCGUGAGACCUGCAGUGAGGGCAGGUCUUCAAAACAGCUCUCCAAUACUCGAUGCUCCCAAGAUGGAAUUGUCGACAUCGUCAAGGACAGGUGCGAUGGCCUUAAAUCGUGUGAGUUCAACAUGACUUUGGUGAAUGAGAAUGAUCCCUGUCAAGGCAUCUCCAAGUAUCUUAAAACCAUCUACCAAUGCCUGUCAGCGACUCAUCUCAUUGUGUGUCAGAACUCUCUUGCAUGGUUGACGUGUGGGAAAGGCCAGGUUAUCUCCGUCUACGGUGCAGAUUAUGGACGUCGUGACCAGACCACCUGCUCUUAUCAGAAACCGGGGUCCGAGACUAUGAACGUCAACUGCUCCAACCCCGCUAAAGAAGUUGCUGCAAGGUGUAACGGGAAACAAGACUGCAAAAUCCCAGCUAGCAACUCAGUGUUUAAGGAUCCCUGUUCAGACACAUACAAGUACCUCGAGGUGGCUUACACUUGUAAAUUGGCUUAUUAUAACCCUUAUCAUGGGCUCCUGAGCAAGUUUCAUUGCCUUCAUCUCAGCAUGAAAAUGGCAGAGUUGAACAAGUUCACUGCUGAGCAUCAAGAGGAAACGGGGUCAGGCGGGGACGGGGACGGUGUACCGGAGCCUCCCGCCAGCUCUGAGGCCUCCAGCCAACUUAUCGUCCAGCAGGUCCGGACAGUCGAUCAAGACGGGAACCUGAGGGUGGUCUAUCCGUCAAAGACGGACCUCUCCAACGACAUCAGCAACUUAACAGUCAUUUGGUCCUCCAGGUCUCUUCUACCUCAGACCUGUCCACAGUCCCAUGGAGUUCUCUGUUCUGGAGUCAUCGUUGUGAAGUCAGCGCUGUAUGGUCGUGACGACCGUGAGACCUGCAGUGAGGGCAGGUCUUCAAAACAGCUCUCCAAUACUCGAUGCUCCCAAGACGGAAUUGUCGACAUCGUCAAGGACAGGUGCAAUGGCCUUAAAUCGUGUGAGUUCAACAUGACUUUGGUGAAUGAGGAUGAUCCAUGCAAAGCCACCUCCAAGUAUCUUAAAACCAUCUACCAAUGCCUGUCAGCGAGGAAAGGCCAGGUUAUCUCCGUCUACGGUGCAAAUUAUGGACGUCGUGACCGGAGCACCUGCUCUUAUCAGAAACCGGGGUCCGAGACUUUAAAGGUCAACUGCUCCAACCCCGCUAAAGAAGUUGCUGCAAGGUGUAACGGGAAACAAGACUGCAAAAUCCCAGCUAGCAACUCAGUGUUUAAGGAUCCUUGUUCAGACACAUACAAGUACCUCGAGGUGGCUUACACUUGUAAAUCAGUUUCUCAUAACCCUUGUCAUGGGCUCCUGAGCGAGUUAUAUUGGUAA